AUGACGAAGCCACCAAGAGCUUCGUUGUUUUCGCUUUUUUAUAUUGUUUUCUCAAUUUCAUGGGUAGUUUCUGCUCAUAGCCAGGAAGAUUUUCUUCAAUGCCUCUCUCUUCAUUCUCAAAAUUCCACAUCAAUCUCCAAAGUCAUUCACACCCAAAACAACUCUUCCUAUCUAUCCAUAUUAGAUUUCUCCAAACCUAACCUAAGAUUCAUAUCACCAAGUACCCCAAAACCAGUGGCGAUUGUCACACCUUUCAAUGAGUCUCACAUUCAAACAGCCAUCUAUUGUUCAAAAAAAUAUGGCAUACAGAUGAGAGUCCGAAGCGGAGGACAUGACUACGAGGGCCUAUCUCAUGUCUCGGAAGUCCCAUUUUUCCUGGUUGAUCUCAUAAACCUUCGAAAAAUCACUAUUGACACUGAAAGUAGCACUGCGUGGGUUCAAGCCGGUGCAACCCUAGGUGAAGUCUACCACAACAUUGCUCAGAAGAGCAGAACUCUUGCUUUUCCGGCAGGUGUUUGCCCCUGGGUUGGUGUUGGUGGACACAUCAGUGGGGGAGGGGAUAGCACGCUGUCGCGUAAACACGGCCUUGCUGCAGAUAAUGUCAUUGAUGCUCUAAUAAUCGAUGUUAAUGGUAGAAUUCUUGAUAGAGAAUCUAUGGGGGAAGACCUCUUUUGGGCUAUCCGAGGAGGUGGGGGUGCUAGUUUUGGAAUCAUUCUUGCAUGGAAGAUAAAUUUGGUUGCUGUUCCAUCCACUGUGACAGUUUUCACUGUCAGCAGGACCUUGGAACAAAAUGCAACCAAUCUUGUCCACAGGUGGCAAUACAUUGCGGACAAAGUUGAUGAUGACUUAUUCAUGAGAGUCUUCAUAAGAAGUGUGAAGUCUAGUGCUCAAGAUGGUGGAAGAACGAUACGAGCUUCGUUCGCGUCCCUGUACCUUGGUGGAGUUGAUACACUCCUUCCAUUGAUGCAAAGGAGCUUUCCUGAAUUGGGUAUGUUGAAAGAAGAUUGUAUUGAAAUGAGCUGGAUCGAAUCGACCCUUUACUUUGCAGGCUACUCUAGUCGAGACUCCAUUGAUGUUUUGUUGGACAGGAGUCAGCUUGGCGGGAAAUCCUAUUUCAAAGGGAAGUCAGAUUUUGUGGAGGAACCGAUUUCAGAGAAUGGACUAGAAGGCAUAUGGGAGAGGUUUCAUGAAGAAGACGAGAAUAUGGCUGAGAUGACGUUGAGUCCUUAUGGUGGAAGGAUGAGUGAGAUUUCGGAAUCCAAAACACCUUUCCCUCAUAGAGCUGGGAAUAUAUACAACAUUCAUUAUGCAGUGGUUUGGUUUGAAAAAGGGACAGAAGCAUGUGAAAGGCAUAUGAGUUGGAUCAGAAGGCUUUACAGUUAUAUGACUCCAUUUGUUACCAAGUCUCCAAGAAGUGCAUUUUUCAACUUCAGAGAUUUUGACAUAGGUGUGGAUGAUAAAGGCAACACACAAGCAAGCAUUUGGGGUGUGAAUUAUUUCAAGAGUAACUUCGAGAGACUGGUACAUGUGAAGACAAUGGUUGAUCCUGCUAAUUUCUUCACCAAUGAACAGAGCAUUCCACCUUUGUCAUCAUGGGGAAGAGGAGAUGGAAUAUCCUUGGCUCAUCCUGGGUUGUCUGAUGCUCUCAUUUGUGGUGAGAUUUUUUAAUCUCCCCAAUAAUGUUUUGUUUUUUUUUUUUUUUGCUUUUUUUUUUUUUUUUUUCUCGAUAACCGUGGUAUCGUGGGCUUUGUCCCAACUAAUUAACUGGACCCGUGCAAGACGACACCCCACACAAAUCGGGUAAAACUCGGACUGUGUUUUGUUAGAUAUUUUAAUGAUUUUUUUUGGUAAAAUUAUGUUCUUUAUUUUUGCCAGGAAAGAAAAAAAAAAAAAAAAUGUAACAGUGUAGUUCAAAUUAUCAAAAUACCCUUGGGGGAGACAAAAUGGCAUAGUAGUGAAAAAUAUGUGUUGUAUUGGCAUAAAUUAGGGUUCCAGGAGAAGAUGAAGUAUAUGUUCAUGUAAAUUAUUGGGGCCAAAGAAAGUAUAUGUUUGUGUACUUAUAAUUUAUAGUCUGUUUUAGUUACCAAAAAAA